AAAACUUCUCAGUGACGCUCGAGAGAAGGGGGACCAUCACUUCUGCUCGUUGGAUCCGCGCUGAGCAGAUCAGAAGAGCGAAGGAGAAGGGCGAGGACGAGCGCAGGAGAGAGAGGGUCUGCCCCCGUCCACUAAACAACUGGAGGAAUGCAGACAAAACUUAUGGCUGCAUGAGAAAAUCCCGUUCUUCUUCUUCCCCCCUCUCUCUUUCACCGGGAUCUGUGGGCUUCAAAUUCUCUCCUGAUCACAACUUGUCAAAGUUUUUUUCUUCCAGUUGCUUUUAAGAAAAGUAAUCGAUCCACAAUUUCUGUGGACGUCCAGCGACGGCCAUGGAUACCCAUAUAAGAUGGAAAGUUAAACGGAGGUUAAGGGACGCGCAACUCACUCUAGCGAUAAUUUUACUGUUUGUCACAUCGCAAGCCAGUUCAGCAGAACCUGCGGAUCUCUUGAAGAUUUUAGACUUUCACAGUUUGCCCGAGGGCGUAACGAAAACCACGGGCCUCUGCUCGCACAGGAAGUCCACGAAAGGUCCCGAUGUGGCCUACAGAGUAACCAAAGAUGCCCAGCUCAGCACCCCUACCAAACAGCUCUACCCUGCUUCAGCGUUUCCUGAGGACUUCUCCAUCCUCGCCACUGUGAGGCCUAAGAAGGGCAGCCAGGCCUUCCUGCUGUCGGUCUACAACGAGCAGGGCAUCCAGCAGCUGGGCCUGGAGGUGGGACGCUCGCCCGUCUUCCUGUACGAGGACCACACGGGCAAGCCCAACCCCGAGGACUACCCGCUCUUCAGGGGCAUCAACCUGUCGGACGGAAAAUGGCACCGUGUAGCAAUCAGCGUUCAGGGCCAGACCAUCACGCUCAUCCUGGACUGUAAGAAGAAGCUGGUACGCACCCUGGCACGCUCACCGUCGCCCAUCAUCGACACCAAGGGCAUUGUGGUCUUCGGAACACGUAUCCUGGAUGAGGAGGUCUUUGAGGGUGACAUCCAGCAGCUGCUGAUCGUGUCGGACCACCGUGCUGCGUUUGACUACUGUGAGCACUACAGCCCUGACUGUGACGUGGCAGCCCCUGAACAACCCCAGAACCAGGAUCCCAACACAGAUGAAUACAACACGGACGAGGACAGCUACUACUACGAGUACCCCUACUAUGAGGACAUGGACAUGAACAAAGAGGAUGGCACCGCUUCUCCCGACGAGAUCACUGAUGAGGCUGUGGACUCUGUCAUCACCUCCGUCACGUCGGUGGGUGGAGGCGCCAGCUCCAGCUCCAGCUCCAGCAGCAGCAGCAGUGGCGGCAGCAGGGUGACCGUGUCGGAAACGGUGGACGCCGGCGCCGCUGGCGAACCCUACGAGAGCUACGACGGCUACGACUCCUACUACGAUGAGUCCAGCCCUGCACCUGAUGCUAGCAGCUCCAGCUCCAGCUCCAGCUCAAGCUCCAGCAGCAGUGGAGGCUCCACCGGUACCCGCGUCACCAUCACCGGAGCUGGCUCGGAGAGCGAGCUGGACCUGGGCCUGGGCGGCAGAGUGGACAUGGGAACCGGAGCCGAGGUGGAGAGGGUGAUCACCACUGGCGGAGGAGUAGGAUCUAGUUCCACCACCAUCAUCCAGGGCGGAGGAGCAGGAUCUAGUUCUACCGUCAUCCGCAACAGCACCACUGUGGUCAGCACAGGUGGCGGCUACGAGGAUGAGUACGGCGAGGGCUACAACUACAACUACGGAGAGGGCGGAGACUACACCGUGGGCGGCGCUGGCACUGGCGGCGGCAGCAGCAGCAGCAGCAGCAGCAGCCACACGGUCAGCGUUGGAGGUGGAGCCGCGGGCGGCGCUGGUAGCAGCAGCAACAGCAGCUGGAGCAGCAGCAGCAGCACGGUCACCAUCUCGGGCGGCUCGUCCUCGGCAGUGGGGGGCGCCGGGGCCAGCAAGGGCUCGGCCGGCGUGGACGCGGGAGGAGACGUGAACUACGACGUGGACAUCACCGACUACAGCGACAAGGAGAUCAAGGACAUCUACGAGAGCUACCCCGACUACUACACCGACUCGGACCAGGACAAAGUGCUGCCCGCCGAGACUGACUUUGCGGUGGACGGAGCGAGAGGAGAGAAGGGACAAAAGGGAGAGCCUGCUGUCAUCGAGCCUGGAAUGCUGGUGGAGGGACCACCUGGUCCUGAAGGCCCAACUGGUCUACCUGGUCCUCCAGGUUCCUCUGGCCCUCCCGGCAGUCCCGGAGAUGCCGGAGAGAGAGGACCGCCCGGUCGUUCUGGUCUUCCCGGAGCUGAUGGUCUCCCAGGACCUCCCGGGACAGUUCUGAUGCUGCCUUUCCGCAUGAGCUCUGGAGGAGAUUCGGGUCACAAGGGUCCACAAGUGUCUGCCCAGGAGGCCCAGAUGCAGUCCAUGAUGCAACAAGCCAGGCUUGCCAUGCGUGGCGCCACCGGCCCAAUGGGACUGACGGGUCGACCAGGACCACUGGGUCCACCAGGUGUGCCAGGACUGAAGGGAGAGUCUGGAGAGUCUGGUCCACAGGGUCCUCGUGGCCCCACAGGCUCUUCAGGACCACCAGGAAAGCCUGGCCGACGGGGUCGUGCCGGUGCUGAUGGAGCCAGGGGUAUGCCCGGCCAGACUGGUACCAAGGGUGACAGGGGCUUUGACGGUCUUGCUGGGCUGCCUGGCGAGAAAGGACACAGGGGUGAGACAGGGCCCCAGGGACCACCCGGGCCUACAGGAGAGGAUGGAGAAAGAGGAGAGGAUGGAGAGAUCGGACCAAGGGGACUUCCCGGUGAGCCUGGACCUCGCGGUUUGUUGGGACCUAAAGGACCACCAGGGCCCUCUGGACCUCCUGGUGUGACUGGGAUGGACGGCCACCCGGGACCCAAAGGAAACAUUGGACCCCAGGGAGAGCCAGGACCCCCAGGACAGCAAGGCGGCCCCGGAGCUCAGGGACUUCCAGGGCCUCAGGGAGCCAUCGGACCACCUGGAGACAAGGGUCCAACUGGUAAACCAGGUCUGCCAGGAAUGCCAGGCGCUGACGGCCCACCGGGUCACCCAGGAAAAGAAGGCCCAUCUGGAGAGAAAGGACAUUUGGGUCCUGCUGGUCCCCAGGGUCCCAUCGGAUAUCCCGGCCCCAGAGGAGUCAAGGGAUCCGAUGGAGUCCGUGGCUUGAAAGGACACAAGGGAGAGAAGGGCGAGGAUGGAUUCCCAGGCUUUAAGGGAGAUAUGGGUGUGAAGGGUGACAGGGGAGAGCUUGGACCAGCUGGCCCCAGAGGAGAGGACGGCCCAGAGGGACCCAAGGGAAGGUCAGGUCUCCCCGGAGACUCAGGCCCUCUCGGACUAAACGGAGAGAAGGGUAAGCUGGGUGUGCCCGGGUUGCCUGGAUACCCAGGAAGACAAGGACCAAAGGGUUCUCAGGGAUUCCAAGGAUUCCCAGGCGCCAAUGGCGAGAAGGGAACAAGGGGCACAGCAGGAAAACCAGGCCCAAGAGGUCAGAGAGGACCAACGGGACCACGUGGUGAGAGGGGACCUAGAGGCCCAACUGGAAAAGCCGGGCCCAAGGGUAACUCAGGAAGCGACGGCCCACCAGGACCUCCCGGUGAACGGGGUCUGCCAGGGCCUCAGGGACCAACCGGGUUCCCAGGACCAAAGGGACCACCUGGACCCGCAGGAAAAGAUGGACUGCCUGGACACCCUGGACAGAGAGGCGAGACUGGUUUCCAAGGCAAGACAGGACCUCCAGGACCCCCCGGCGUGGUCGGACCCCAGGGUCCCACAGGUGAGACGGGACCAAUGGGCGACCGAGGCCACCCCGGACCCCAAGGCCCACCAGGAGAGCAGGGUCUGAACGGAGCUGCUGGAAAGGAGGGAGCCAAGGGAGAUCCUGGCCCCGCUGGACCUGCUGGUAAAGAUGGUCCACCUGGCAUGAGAGGCUUCCCCGGAGAGCGUGGUCUUCCCGGUCCCGUGGGAACUGACGGUUUGAAAGGUAGCGAGGGACCCCCUGGCCCACCUGGUCCCGCUGGCUCCCCUGGUGAGCGUGGUCCCUCUGGCCCAGCCGGACCCACUGGUCUCCCAGGCCGACCCGGACCACAGGGACCCCCAGGACCAAACGGAGAGAAGGGAGGACCGGGAGAGAAAGGACCUCAGGGCCCUGCUGGUCGAGAUGGCAUCCAGGGCCCAGUGGGUCUUCCUGGGCCUGCCGGGCCUCUGGGACCCCCUGGAGAGGAUGGAGACAAGGGAGAGAUCGGCGAGCCUGGACAGAAGGGAAGCAAAGGAGAGAAAGGCGAACAUGGUCCACCUGGCCCUACUGGACCCCAAGGCCCCGUCGGACAGCCUGGUCCAUCUGGAGCUGAUGGAGAGCCUGGUCCCAGAGGUCAGCAGGGUCUGUUUGGCCAGAAGGGAGACGAAGGAUCCCGAGGCUUCCCCGGACCCCCUGGACCCGUCGGCCUGCAGGGACUGCCAGGGCCUACUGGUGAGAAGGGAGAGACUGGUGAUGUUGGUCAGAUGGGACCCCCUGGUCCUCCAGGACCCAGAGGCCCCGCCGGACCCCAGGGAGCAGAUGGGCCCCAAGGGCCCCCAGGUGGCAUCGGCAACCCUGGCUCUGUCGGAGAGAAGGGAGACUCCGGUGAGGCUGGAGAACCCGGACUGCAGGGAGACGUUGGACCUCCGGGUCCAAGAGGUGAUCGUGGAGAGAAGGGUGAAUCUGGUCCCGCUGGCGCUGGUGGGCCUCCUGGUCCCAAAGGUCCCCCUGGAGAUGACGGUCCUAAAGGAAGUCCUGGUCCAAGUGGUUUCCCUGGCGACCCCGGUCCUGCUGGUGAGCCUGGUCCUCCUGGUCUGGAUGGUUCCCCUGGUGACAAGGGAGAUGAUGGAGAGGCUGGUCAACCGGGUUCACCUGGACCCACUGGCGAGGCAGGUCCAUCUGGUCCCCCAGGAAAGAGAGGUCCUCCCGGACCUGCUGGGCCUGAGGGAAGGCAGGGUGAGAAGGGAGGCAAGGGAGAGCCUGGUCUGGAGGGUCCACCUGGAAAGACCGGCCCUGUUGGGCCUCAGGGCGCUCCUGGCAAACCCGGCUCUGAGGGUCUGAGAGGUAUCCCUGGUCCAGUGGGAGAGCAAGGUCUUCCUGGUUCCCCCGGCCCUGACGGACCUUCUGGACCCAUGGGUCCUCCUGGCUUACCUGGACUGAAGGGAGACACCGGUGUGAAGGGUGAAAAGGGUCAUGUUGGUCUUAUUGGACUCAUCGGACCACCUGGCGAGCAGGGAGAGAAGGGAGACCGAGGCCUGCCAGGACCCCAGGGCCAGGGUGGACCCAAAGGAGACCCAGGUAUUGCUGGCCAAACUGGUCCACUCGGCCCUAUCGGACCCCCAGGAUUGCCCGGUCCCCCAGGCCCCAAAGGAGCCAAGGGUUCAUCUGGUCAAACUGGUCCCAAGGGAGAGCAUGGUGUCCCUGGCCCACCUGGUCCACCUGGUCCUCCCGGCGAUGUCAUCCAUCCUCUGCCCAUAAUGUCCAGCCCCAAGCGCGCCAAGAGGAACAUCGACGCCAGCCAGGUGAUGGACGACGACGCCAACUACAAGGAUUACGACGACGGCAUGGAGGAGAUCUUCGGCUCGCUCAACUCCCUGAAGCUGGAGAUCGAGCAGAUGAAGCACCCGCUCGGCACGCAGAACAACCCCGCGCGCACCUGCAAGGACCUGCAGCUCUGUCACCCAGAAUUCCCUGAUGGUGACUACUGGAUCGAUCCCAAUCAGGGCUGCUCUCGUGAUGCCUUCAAGGUCUACUGCAACUUCACCGCGGGAGGAGAGAGCUGCAUCUUCCCUGACAAGAAGAGCGAAGGGAGCAAAAUGGCAAAAUGGCCCAAAGACACCCCUGGCACUUGGUAUAGUCGCUACAAGCGCGGUUCUAUGCUCUCGUACGUGGACGCGGAGGGCAACCCCAUCGGCGUGGUGCAGAUGACCUUCCUGCGGUUGCUCAGUGCCACGGCUCGCCAGAACAUGACGUACAACUGCUACCAGUCGGUGGCGUGGCACGACCCCGAGAGCGACUCGUACGACAAGGCCAUCCGCUUCCUCGGCUCCAACGACGAGGAGAUGUCCUAUGACAACAACCCCUACAUCCACGCCCUCGUGGACGGGUGUGCGUUGAAAAAGGGCUAUGAAAAGACUAUUCUUGAGAUCAGCACGCCCAAGGUGGAGCAGGUACCGUUCGUGGACGUCAUGUUCAACGACUUUGGUGGAGCAACACAGAAGUUCGGCUUCGAAGUGGGACCAGCGUGCUUCAUCGGCUAAGACUUUUUUUCUCUGAACGUCCAAAGAACAAAAAAAAACACUCACAAUCUUCUCAUUUUCUCAGAAACUUAAUAUGAGAAAGAAUUCUGACUUAUUUGUAAAGCAUUUGUGUUCUUCAUGCAAAACCAAACCAACCAAAAAACAUGUAUCACACAAUAUCAAGAUGACAAUAAAAUAGCAAAUUUGGAAAAAAAAAUAAAGGAAGAAAAAAUUCAAUAUAAAAAAAUCUAAAAAAGAAAAAAAAUCACAGCAACCUUGUAACCUCAGUUUACCCUCUCCCUCACAUGCAAGUUUUGAAACUGGAUGAGACCCACGCUAGCUAGCUCCACCUGUCUGCCCUCAUACCCUUAAACCUAUGACCCCCAUCUUUACCUUUGACGUCCCCCUUGCCAUGACCCCUGGCCUCCUCCAGUUUCUCCUUCCACCCUCCUGCCCCCCCUCCGCCAAUCCACCAGGUUUGGCCUCUUGCUGUCGCCAGCCUUGAGGCCAGGACUGGUCAUCAUGAUCGGCACGCUGGUCUCUUUCCAUGUGGCCCCCUUCUUCUUCCUUCUCCUUGGUCCCCCGUACCUACCGUCCCCCUGCUUUCAUGCAUCUGUCCUUUGUUGCAGUCAUUCAUUCUUUGCUAUGCCCUUUUUGUUUUGUGCAGAAUUCUCUCCCCAUUCUUUUGAAUGGUGCUUAUUAUAUAAAUAUAUAAAUAUUUUUUGUAUGUUUGUAAGUACUUUCUGUAUAUUUUUUCUGAUAAUGUGUCUGUGUUUUUUAUAUUUCUGGCUUCAAAACGUGCAUGUGAUAUAACGGAAGAUGAGGAAAAGAGAUGCUGUUCCCUAACCCCAAUCCCCCUCCAAAACCACUUUGAAUUGGAUGUGACCGCCCAAAUAAAACAGAAAAGAAAGGUGGUACUGUGUUGUUACCAGUGUAAAGCACAUCUUAAUUGUAAUUUAACGAAUAAAAAAGAGUGACAAUAAAAGUCAGAAAAAGCACUCAAAGCGAUGAUGUGAGCGUUGAUUUGCCCAAAAGAAAGCAGGAAAGCAAAGGGUUUUUCCUCCUGGCGGGUGGAAGGGACCUCUGGGCCACCGUAGGCUCAGCGGUUGACCAGGAGUCGAGCGGACAUCAGCAGCCUGCAGGCCCAGCAACUUGUUGUCAUGGCUACCGACGGGCGCAGCUUUCUCCCCCUCCCCCUGCCCCCCAGUGCUUUUCCUCGCUUCUUAUAACCCCCUGUUGGAAGAACAGUUGCACAGUGGGACAAGUUUUCACGCAAUCGAGGAACACAACAGUCGUUAAGAAAUAGGUGCUACCUUCUUCUCUCUGUGGUGCUACAUAUUGUUUUGUUUUUCAAUUUUAUUUCUGUUAAUAAAAAAUUUAAAUGAUUCACUGACGUUUUUGUUCGACUGUUAGCGCGUCUCCCUGCCACUUACCUUCCCCUAUGACAGGGGGCGCCAUGCUGUGCCUGAGCGGGAAAUAUUUUACUGCAUGCAAACCCAUCAUAUUCACUCAUAGAACAGAUUGAUGUUUUUAUUUUGUCAUCGUUACUUUCUUUCAUGUAUUUUUUUCCUCUGUGUUUGUUUACAAUGGUUGUCUUUCUUUCGCAAGGCCCAUGCAGAAACCACACAUCAUAGGACUGAGUGACCGCUGCAGAUUGUCGGAGGAAAUCAUAUCAGUUCAGCCACAGCUUAGUAGUGCAAUGCUAAUAUGCUAAAGUUGCUAUUUAGCGUUAGCCAGAGCCUAGUCAUUAGCCAGAGCCAAACGUGGCACCGUUGCUGAUGUGUGAAUGUGAGUGCUCACUGGCCAGUCGCCAUCUUUAAACACAGCUUGCUGGCUAUCGUGCCCCUCUGACCUUUCUCUGUGUUUCUCUCUGUCCUCAUGUUGUUUUGUUGGUGGAGGGGUUUUCCCGUCAUUUGGAUGUCAGGGGGAAAAGGGGUUGUGGUGUGGGGUGGUGUAAUCUCCCUCCCUCCCCAAAAGAAUUCCAAAGCUUAUUUUUUUAAUUAUUAUUUUUUUUCUCACCAAGGAGGAAAAAACCUUAGCUGAUGUACCUGAGACCCUCCUGUCUCCUGCCAAAGUCUUUGUUACUCUACCUUCUCCUUUUCUCGUCUUUUUUUUACCUUCAGAGACUUGAAGGCCACAGUCACUUAAUUUAAAGACCUAAUGUUCAUAUGGUGAACUGUUGCUGGUUCAUUCCGUUUUUAUAUUCCGUUAUAUAGAGUGUGCCGUUUCCCCACCCUCGCACCCCACCCCAGCCCCUUGUGGAGAGUAGGAGCAGGUAUAUCUCAUCAUGCUGCACAUUAAGAGGAGCCACUUGAGAGUAAUAAAUAUUAAUAAUUUUAUUUUUUAUUGUAUUGUUCAAUUUUACUUCCUCUGGCUGACUGAUGAAGAUAGAAAAUAACAAACCAAAUCGAGCUUAUUUGGAGCACUAUGGUUCAAGUCGUCCUGCUAUGAUCCAGCUUUUUGUUGCCACUAGUUGAUGCACGUUGUACAAACCAUUACACUCCGUAGCUUCCACUGCAUCACCUGCUAUGAUGCCCUUUCCUCGCUCACUUAUAUUUUUUAAAUGACUUGAAUUACUUUAAAACCACAGGCGGAGUAUUGGAAUAUGACUUUAAACAUUUGCUUCCAAAGAGAUAAUAAGCAAUAAAAUUAAUUUCUGUAAAUGUUUCAAAAAGUAGCAGUCAAGCUGACAAUUAAGAUUCCUUUACUUUUUUGUUUUCCUUCUUCCUUUUUUACGUUUCCUAUUUUUUGGUAAUGUAAUGUCCGUUCUUUUCCAAGAUUUUUUCCUUGUCAAACCUGUGUAAGAAAGGAUAGAUGAUAUAUUGGUUUUUAUGUCAAUAAAUUCAAGUUUACUGUGGCCACCCACUCUUGUAUGUCUUUUGAAGCAUUAAAACCUAUCUGUAUGCAUGA